AUGGCCGCUGUUCAACUCAACUUCUCCAUCCGCACUUCGCGAAGCGUCAAAUCAGUGCAUCUCGUCGGAUCCUGGGACAACUACUCUCGCGAACUCCCCUUGUCCAAGGAUACCUCCAAGUCAGGAGCAUGGACCGGCAAAUUCCGCUUCCAGACCUCGGUCUUGCAACUCGGUGGUCGUUACUGGUACUACUACAUCAUGGACGGCUACCACGUCUCGCACGACCCUGCUGUCGAGUACACCACUGAGCCCACCACCGGCCGCAAAUUGAACAUCCUCGAUGUUCCCGGUGGCAACAGCAAGUCCAGCUCUGGCCGCUCCAGCCAUGCUCGCCGCGAGUCCGUCGAUAUCCCCAAGGGACGUGCUCUGUCUCCCUCCAAGAUCCAGCACCCCAAGCCUUCCAAGCCCUACGCUUCCCGCGGCAUUCGCGAAGGUGAACAUUUCCCCACGGUCGAUGAAUUGACAGAUCGCUUCUCGCACUCGCGUCUGUCGGACGACUACGACUCGUACUCCAGCAGCCCCCCAAGCUCGGUCGGAUCUUCCCUUUCUUCUCGCACAGACAGCACCUCGCCCUCUUCGCUGUCCUCGCUCAGUGAUCCCGCUUCUGUGUGCCGCUGUGAACGCUACGGCAUCACUCGCAAGGGAGACCGCGUCAAGCUUGACUGUGGCGGUAGCCGAUGCGGUUACUCCGACUCUUCGGAUGGCAGUGACUGCUCCGAGUCUGAGUCUGACUCUGAGUACCAAGCUGCUCGCCGCGGUGCCCGUCGUCAAGGCAUUGUUGUUCGCCGAUGA